AUGAUUGCAGCAUAUUGGAUUGAAAAAGAUGGUUCAGUAACUUAUAUUAGAUUUAAAGAAGAUAAACCAGGUAUUGAAUACCAAAUACCAAACUGGGAUAAAGUUGGUAACACUAGCAAACGAGUUUAUCAUAAUUAUAAUUUAGGAAGAAGAAACUUAUCCAAAGUUAAAGUAACAAAUAAUAUUCCUAUACCUCAAAUUGUUUCAUCUCCUCCAACACCAGAAUUAGAUUCAUUUCCACCAAUCCAUCAAGUCGAUGCAAACAGUGUAAGUGAUAGAGAAUUUAAUAUUCCAAAUGAAAUCUUUAAACAAAAACCAGUUAACUUAGAUGAAGUUGAAAAUUUGAAUAUUGAAGACUUGUUUUGA